GGCCGGCGCGGGGGCGCGCGGGGACCAUGCCCGGAGGCCGGCCGGCCGCAGCAUGGCUCACGGGCCCGGCGCGCUGAUGCUCAAGUGCGUGGUGGUGGGCGACGGGGCGGUGGGCAAGACGUGCCUGCUCAUGAGCUACGCCAACGACGCCUUCCCCGAGGAGUACGUGCCCACCGUCUUCGACCACUACGCCGUCAGCGUCACUGUGGGGGGCAAGCAGUACCUCCUGGGACUCUAUGACACGGCGGGACAGGAAGACUAUGAUCGUCUGAGGCCUUUAUCCUAUCCAAUGACUGAUGUCUUCCUCAUAUGCUUCUCCGUGGUCAAUCCAGCCUCAUUUCAAAAUGUGAAAGAAGAGUGGGUACCGGAACUUAAGGAAUAUGCCCCAAAUGUACCCUUUUUAUUAAUAGGAACUCAGAUUGAUCUCCGGGAUGACCCCAAAACUUUAGCGAGACUGAAUGAUAUGAAAGAAAAACCUAUAUGUGUGGAACAAGGACAGAAACUAGCAAAAGAGAUAGGAGCAUGCUGCUAUGUGGAAUGUUCAGCUUUAACCCAGAAGGGAUUGAAGACUGUUUUUGAUGAGGCUAUCAUAGCCAUUUUAACUCCAAAGAAACAUACAGUUAAAAAAAGAAUAGGAUCAAGAUGUAUAAACUGUUGUUUGAUUACGUGAAAAACUUCAGUGGCCAAGAAAACUGUCAAUUUCUCUCAGAAAGCAUAUGAAAUGCUACAGCGAUACCCAGACCUCUUGUAAUGAAGCAGUUUCAAACUUGAAAGAAAACAAAAACCUGUCCUCAGAAUUCUAUAAAGUUCAUUAAGAAUGUUCCUUAAAGGUCUAAGAAGCAGCAAACAGAAUCUGAAGCCACAAUC